AAGAAAAGAAAAAAUAUUAGAAAGUGAAAAAGAAAAUAAUGAAAACGAGAGUGGAAGCGGUGAAGAGGGAAGAGUGAUGAUGCAUCGUGGGAAUCGAAACCGUGGCUCCUCUUUCUGGCAAUCACGACGUCGUGGCGGUCAGAGAUUUGCUUCGAAUGAAUCGAAUGUUUCAAGUGUGGGUGAAAGGGUCAGCCCUUCUUCUCGCAGUGGCAGCACUGCUUCUACCUCUGAUGUCAGUAACACGGCAGAGGAUGCACAACUUUCUUCCAAUUUUGUUGGAACAUGUCCUUACAUGUGCCCAGAAAGAGAGAGGAUCCAACGCGAAAAACUGCGAGAUUUAGCAGUUUUUGAGAGGCUAAAUGGAAAUCCUGGAAAAUCAUCCCCGGCUCUUGCUGUCAAGAAGUUUUGCAGAACUAUAUCCACUAAAUAUGUUCAAGCAUCUGAUAUGCGGCCUAUUAUUGUUUUGGAAGAUACUUUAAAUUAUCUUUUGAGCUUGCUGGAAUCUAAAGAGCAUUCAUUUGAAGUAGUUCAUGACUUUGUCUUCGAUAGGACAAGGUCCAUACGCCAAGAUCUUACUAUGCAAAAUAUUGUAAACAAAAAAGCAAUUUAUAUGUAUGAGGCAAUGGUCAAAUUCCAUGUUGUAUCACAUUACAAGCUUUGGUGUUCUGUGCCUGAUCCAAACACUGCGUCAAUGCAUCAUCUCAACUUGGAACAGCUCACCAAGACAUUGACAUCUUUGCUCAAUUUGUAUGAAGUAAAUCGAAAUUCAAAUGAUAUGCUAGAAAAUGAAGCAGAGUUCCAUUCAUUAUAUGUGCUGCUUCAUCUUGGUUCUUCCAGCCAACCGAUGGGGGAACCACUUUCUUUGUGGUUUAGACGUUUAUCAACUCCAGUAUUGAAGUCAAAAGAAAUGUGUUUUGCUAGGAGAAUUUUACGAUCUUUCCGACUUGGUAAUUAUAAGGAUUUCUUCUGUACUGCAGCAGCCCAGACAUCAUAUCUUCAGUUCUGCAUUAUGAUGCCCUAUAUCAAUGAAGUUCGUGCGAUGGCUUUAUCUUGCAUAAAUUUUGGUGGAUACAAACUUCAUCCAUAUCCGCUGUUGGACCUUUCAAAACACCUCAUGAUAAAGGAACCGGAUUUGGAAUCAUUGUGCAAUUAUUGCGGUCUCGAGACUUGUUCUGAUGAAUCUGGAAAUAAGCUACUUCCCACAAAGCAAACUACAUUCAGUCAUCCCAAAGAUAGGUUUCAGAGCUAUAGUUUCUUGGGCUUGCAAGAAUAUGAAAGGUAGUUUUAGAGUUUGGAGAUCUUGUAUGUAUGCAUGUUGGGAGAUUGGAACAAGCGUGAUCCUGGAUGGCCACACCUAUUUUCAUCACUUUCGCUAGUUAUGGAGAUCAUACUUGGAGAUACAAUGUGUGACUAUGAUCAUUCACUGGUUUCUCUUUGUGGUGCUUUUGGAAAACAUGGGAACAUAUUUUACUAUACACAACUAUUUUUGCACGUUUGUGCUGCUGAAUGUAACAUUUUAUAUAUUUAGCACGUGACAGAUGUAAAACACUUUAAGCUAUUUGUACACAACUGUAACAUUAUUAUGUUAAGGCUUCUCUUGUAGUAACAAACUCAAUUGGGUAGCAAUAGCAUUGCAUGGUUUACUGA